AUGCUACAAACAAAACAAAACAACAAAAAAAAACAACCAAUUUCUUGUACAACGCUUCACUGCCAGCAGGGUUCCGAUUUGCCCAUCUACAUAUGGUACGAAAGCUAUCCGGAACACAUCGAAGAGGGCUACAAGGGCCGUGUGUCACGCGUCUCACAGGACUCACCGUUCGGUUCGGCUUCACUCAAUUUGACCAACAUCAAGGAGUCGGAUCAAGGCUGGUAUGAGUGUAAAGUGGUAUUUUUAAAUCGUGAUCCCAAGCAGCAUAAGAACGGUACAUGGUUCCAUUUAGACGUACAUGCACCGCCACGUUUUAGUGUUACACCAGAGGAUAUUAUAUAUGUUAAUUUAG